CAUGCUGCCCCGCGCCCACCGGAAGCGCGUCACCGCGCGUGACCUUGCCUCUCUUCUUCAACCUGGUUCCCCAGCAGACGGAGAGAGAAGGACGAGCAUGGCGAGUAAAGACCCCGCUGGUUUCCUGCAGCAGCUGCGGCAGAUAGCAGCCCGGAUGUCGGCAGGACCCCGGGGUGCGGGACUCGGUCUCAAGCUGCUGGCCGGAGCCGGAGCUCUGGCUUUCGGCUUAAAGGAAGCGACGUACACCGUCGAAGGAGGACAGCGAGCGGUCGUCUUCAACCGGAUCGGGGGGAUGCAGAUGGACACCGUCCUCUCCGAGGGGCUCCACUUCAGGAUUCCCUGGAUCCAGUACCCCAUCAUCUACGACAUCAGAGCCAGACCCAGGAAGAUCUCCUCGCUCACCGGGAGCAAAGACCUCCAGAUGGUGAACAUCUCCCUCAGAGUGCUGUCCCGGCCGCUGGCGUCCAACCUGCCCGCCCUCUACCAGCAGCUGGGGAAGGACUACGACGAGCGCGUCCUGCCGUCCAUCGUCAACGAGGUGCUGAAGAGCGUGGUGGCCAAGUUCAACGCUUCUCAGCUCAUCACUCAGCGAGCGCAGGUGUCGCUGCUGAUCCGCAGAGAGCUGUUCGAGAGGGCGAGAGACUUCAACAUCAUCCUGGACGACGUGGCCAUCACCGAGCUCAGCUUCAGCCGCGAGUACACCGCCGCCGUGGAGGCCAAGCAAGUCGCCCAGCAGGAGGCGCAGCGAGCUCAGUUUUACGUGGAGAAGGCCAAACAGGACCAAAGGCACAAGAUCAUCCAGGCUGAAGGAGAAGCCGAGGCGGCGAAGAUGCUGGGCCAGGCCUUGACCAAGAACCCCGGCUACCUGAAGCUCCGUAAGAUCCGGGCGGCGCAGAACAUCGCCAAGACGGUGGCGCAGUCCCAGAACAAAGUGUACCUGAACGCUGACAGCCUGGUGCUCAACCUGCAGGACAAAGACAACUUCAAUAUGUUGCUAGGCAACUAGGAGGACGCCUCAUCAUUCCUCCGGAGAGACUUCUUCGCCUCCAUCAGCGCGUUGACUCGUCACCAAGUUUAUUUAAACGGACUUGAACCGUUCCACCGCCGGGCUUUUACUUUGAAAGGUUCCUUUCAGUGUUUGUUUUUUUGUUAUCUGUAGACGUCGACCGCAGAAAGAAAUGUGCUAUUUGUGAAUAAAAACAGUUUCCCCGUUCA